UGCAUUUAAAUUUAAAGCCUUUAACCAUUUUGCUCUAAAAUGCUUAAGAACUUAGUUUACUUUAAAGCACUCCUUCCAUUUGCCAUAUUCUUGGUAUUGAUCAAUGAAAUUCAUGGCCAUGGAAUGAUGCUUGAUCCUGUGAGUCGUUCAUCUAGAUGGCGGUACGAUAAGACAGCUCCUAUCAACUACGAUGAUAAUGGACUCUUUUGUGGUGGUUUCAAUGCACAAUGGUUUAGAAACAAUGGAAAAUGUGGACUCUGUGGUGAUGGUUUCGAUGACCCUAGGCCUAGAGCCAACGAAAUAGGAGGAAAGUACGGCCAAGGUGUUAUAACAAAAGUUUAUUCUCCAUCCCAAAAUGCCAAAUUGGGAAUAAAGAUAACUACCAACCAUUUGGGAUUCUUUUAUUUUCACAUUUGCAAUUUGGAUAAAUUCAAACAAGAAUCUGAAGACUGUUUUAGUGCCAAUAAAAUCAAAUUUGACGAUGGAAGUUUAAAGAUGUAUAUUGGGACAAAGUCUGGGAUGAUUUAUCCAACCAUUGUCUUGCCAAAAGGCCUUACUUGUAAGCAUUGUGUAUUGAGAUGGAACUAUCAAGCUGGCAAUAACUGGGGACCUUGUGGUAAUGGGACGUCAGCCUUGGGUUGUGGACCACAAGAAAACUUUAAAGGAUGUUCGGAUAUAAGCAUUACAAAACAAUCCUCAAAGACCUAUACAAAAGCUCAAAAGAACUUUGAUUUUUAUAAAUCUGUUUGGAAGAACUACAUCUAUAAUAUUGAAUCUGAAUUUAAAGAGGAACAACAGAAACUUGAUGUUUUUGAACAAAACUUAAAUCGACACAUUUUUAGAGAAUCCGAAGAACACGAAGAGUCAGUCCCCGUUUAUAUAGAUAAUCAUCAGUUGUACAAGUUUGAAGAUGGAGCAGAUUAUAUUGUUUCUGAUUCUGACGAAAUUCAGGAAAGAAUCCCAGAGGUGGUAGAAGCACAUCAAUCUGACAAAGACAUAAAGCUAGAUUUCUAUGAUUUUGAAACUGAACAAUUAUUUAACAAUGCAAUUGACGAUAGUUAUUAUGACUUAGAAUAAUAUUUAACUAAGUUCAAUGUGCUUUAAGAAAAUUAAUUUAAGAUUAAAACAAAAAAAAAAAAAAUAUUAAAAAGUGAAUAUACAAAUAAAGAUAUUGAUUCAUAACGUAUUCAUUUUAACAACAGUUAAGGUAAAGGGUUUUAAAAGUAGAGCUAAUUAUGUGUGUGUGUACUCCAUAUAUUCUUAAGGUUUUGCUACAUAUGCGGAAAUAAUUAAAGAAGUUGUCUUUUGUUGGAAA